AUGAGUCAAUUCGUUCGACUUUUCGGCCUUCUGGCUCCACUUUUCCUCAGUUUCACACUCUCUUCAAUCCCUUCUUCUUCUCACACAGUACACAGUGGGGAUGCUGCUCGUGAUUACAUGAACCGAUUUAAUAUUCCGGCGAACCAUAUCCAGCUGGAAUGGGCCAAGGCCGGUUCUGACCUGCAGUCUUAUGCGUACAAAGGGGUUACGUACAAGUGGAUUUCACGUAACCAGACAGCGGGAGUCAAAGUGGGUUAUGCGACAAUGUGGGAUCGGUCCAGGAAGGGUUACUGCACGCGAAGCGACGCAGAGGUAGACACUCAGCGCUAUUUAGGCCAGCGGCUCAUGGCUGUGGGAGCCUGCCCUAACUAUGGGAAGUACAUCGCAUUUGUGGACAGGACUGGAAAGCCAGUGGACGAUCAGGACCGGUUCACAAAUGAAAUUCAUGGCAACACGAUGCCUUUCUCAACUCAGGGCUGCUCCUCUUCCGCCUCCCCUGGGACAUCUGAAGUGCCCAUGGACAAGUCAGGAUGGAGUAUGUAUUCUGGGUACUUGGUCAAAUGUCCCUUUAAUCAGGCUGUCUAUCAAAAUGACAUGCUGCAGGACGGCGAGUACGAUCCUGAUGUCUGCCGCUUUGUCACGCUAAGCAAUCCUCUUGUGUUCCUUGAUCCCUCACUGCCAGGAACGUCCCUGGCCGACAAAGCCUAUGCCUUCCACGGCAAGGGAGGGCACCAGGGAUACGACUUCAUUGCGCCGAGGGAGCCUCUGAAGAACGUCAUGUUUGGGACCAUUUCAGGCGGAAUAUGUACUCAGCUGGAAGUGGCAUCCUCUUCUACAGGGACUGCAGGAGAGUGUGGAGAGGCCGUUUUCGAGGCUAGCAGCGACGACAGCCCACCUGGAGUGGGAGGAACGGGCAGCUCAUCGACAUUUUGGUCUUCGUGGUUUCCUGAUGGGUCAGGCAACAGCCAGAAGGGCACCUGUAACCUGUAUUCUAUAGUGCCAACUUGCAUCUUUACGGUGAACGGGGCUAUCUCCUUUACUGCGCUAAGUGCUUCUGAUCCCAAUCUUGCAAAAGAACCCCCUGCAGAAGCUAUUCUCCAGGGGCCUUGCUCCUCUAACCCAUGCAAAAAUGGUGGCACAUGCGAACUCCCCAACGGUACGUGCAAGUGUCCUCCUUGCUUUACAGGGGCCAACUGUGAGACUCCAGUUUCAGAGUGUUGCAGCUCAGACGCAGAUUGCAACGGGCAUGGAUCGUGCGACAGCAAUAAGUGCAAGUGCAAUGCGGGAUUCAGCGGCCCAAUGUGUGAGACUGGAGUUUGUGACAAUGUGGCGUGCCUGAACGGCGGCACCUGUCAGAUGCCCAGCGGAGUCUGCAGCUGCCCAGAAGGUUAUUUGGGGUCGCGGUGCGAAACCACCGUUUGCGAUACAGUCCUUUGUGAGAACGGGGGCGAGUGCGAGAUGCCAUCGGGCAAGUGCAAAUGCCCAGCAUGUUUUUCGGGGGAUCUCUGUCAGUCUGAGAACCCUCGGUGCUGUGAAACGGACAGUGACUGCAAUGCUCCACAAGGCACGUGCGUGUACAACAACUGUCAGUGCGCCCCUUCUAUUACGGGAGACAAAUGCGAUAACACUGGAUGCGCUGGGGUCACUUGCUUGAACGGCGGCGAGUGCAACGAGUUGACGGGACACUGCAGGUGCCCCAAAUGCUACAGCGGGUUCAACUGCGAGAUUUUGGAAAGCAAUUGCUGCGAAUCUGACAGUGACUGCAACGCGCCCAACGGUGUUUGCAACAGCUCGAACGCUUGCGAAUGCGCUCCAGAAUUUCCAGCUCCCAACUGCAAGGACGUGUGCUCAGACGUGCAUUGCAGCAACGAUGGGAAGUGCGACCCAACAACUGGCGAGUGCAGAUGCCCGCCUGGCUGGGGGGGAGACGAGUGCACUGUACCAAGACCCUGCGGUGAAGGUGGACCGGUGUGCGCGGGGAACACCACUUGCAACUCUGAAACAUCCACCUGCGUUUGCAAGCCAGGCUACACAGGCGAGGACUGCGCAGACAUGUCCCCAGAGUGCAGCGAAAUCUGCAAAGUGGGGGGCCAUAUCAUAAGGGAUAGUGAAGGAGAGUGCGCCAUUGAUUGCUAUUCAACAUGCUGCAAGUACUUGACGAAAGAGUGCAAGGACAAGCUGGGAGAGGACAAAGAACAGUGUGUUAGAGACUCUCUUGGUGCAACGGAGGAAGAGGCAUGUUGCCUUGCGCGUGUCGAAGGGAUUGUUGCAGCCCUUCUUCUUUGUGGAGCUGCUGGCGGGAUGUACUACAGGAAAAGUACUGUGCCGUCUGUCCAGAGCGCCCCAUCGGAAACCCCGAUAGAUGAGACAGUGGGGGGAACCGACCGACCAGCGAGAGCCGAGUCAGCUAUCUCAGUUGAUUUCGACGACUACGCAAGUACUCCAGAUGAUGCAACAGGUGAAAUUCAUGCGGAAGGUGACGCAGCGCAAGAUGCAGAAUGGGAUGGUACGUCUAAUGCAAAGACGGUAACGUAG